GAGAGAGAGAGAGAGAGAGAACCAGCAACACAAAAACAGAGAUUCCAAAAAAAAAGAUACAACAAAAAUCAUAAAUCAUCUUAGGGAUGAUGUCAGCAGAUCCUUUCAUGACCAUGAAGAAGAUAAAGAAGAGCAGUCACAACGAGAAAAAUCAGAGAAGGUUUAGCGACGAGCAGAUCAAAUCACUGGAGAUGAUGUUCGAGUCUGAGACGAGGCUGGAGCCAAGGAAGAAGGUUCAGUUAGCGAGAGAGCUUAGCUUGCAGCCUAGGCAAGUGGCUAUAUGGUUUCAGAACAAGAGAGCUCGUUGGAAAUCUAAGCAGCUAGAGACAGAGUUCAACAUUCUCACACAAAACUACAAGGACUUGGCUUCUCAGUUCGAGUCACUCAAGAAAGAAAAUCAAGGUUUAGUCUCUGAGUUGGAUAGACUAAACGAGGCUAUGCAGAAAAAAAGAGUCGAGGGAAGAGAGUGUUGUGGUGAUCAAACGGUGGUAGCUCUAAGCAUCACGGAUCAUGAAUCAGAAAAGGAAGAGAACACGAAGCCCGAACCGGAGGAGGUUAGGCCAGAUAUGGAGGUGUAUGAGAAGGGUCAUCAUGAUGAUUAUGGGUACAAUAGCCACAUCAAGAGAGAGUAUUUUGGUGGGUUUGAAGAAGAAGCAGAUCAUUUGAUGAACAUUGUGGAACCAGCUGAUAGUUGCUUGACAUCAUCUGUUGGCUGGAGAGGUUUCAAAACAAAUACUAAUAUCUUGGACCAAUCUAGCAGCAAUUACCCAUGGUGGCAUUUUUGGUCAUCAACUAUAUAAGCUCUAAAUAAACAUAUAAGAUGAAGAGAAAACUACGUAUCUUUAGUUUUUAUAUUGGAUAUCAAAAGCUAUAAGUCUGCAUCACGUGAUAUAGAGGUGUUUGGUCCAGCAAAUGACUCGUCGAUGGCGAGAAUUUUGGCAGGAUUUUGAGCUCAAAUCUCAUGGUUUUGUCUGUAUAAAUUGUGUUAAAAAGAGUAGGUAUUUUCUCAGUUGGUCUUUAUUAUUCUGUUAUAAGUAAUAAGUACUCCUCAUGCUUUGUAGCUAAGUAGUUAGUAUAAGACUUGAUUUGGAUGAAUAAAAGAAUCAAAGGCAGAGAAUCAUCUAUGUUAUA